AUGCUCAUCUCGCUGCUCGUCCUGUUCAUUGGGGUGCUGUACCAGUGCGAUGCUCGAAUCGUCCCAAAUCCGGACUAUCCUCCGGAAUGCCGUGUUGGAGAGGCGAAUCUCUAUGAUCCGUCUAAAUCCAUGGAGGUACCGUGGUUCACAGUCGACCUAGACGCACCCGCCAAGGAGCGAUUCAAGCACGUCGUACGACCGUUCAAAAACCAAAUUCAGGCUGUUUUCGACGUACUCGGGAAUUUCUUCUCUAUCAUCCCUGGAAUUCCCGUAUGGGACCUGGCCGGUGAUCUUAUGCUAAAGGUGUUCGAAGAAGGAAUGAUUAUGCAGCCAUACAAGGACGAAGUGCAAGACGAAUGGGUGGAGCGGGGCAGUGACAAGGCUCCUUGUUCCACACGCUUUUCCCCUGGACUGGAUUCCGUAUAA